ACUCGACACUAGCGAGUGUGCCGAUAAGCGCUCCUCCACGUCUCGGCAAACGGCAGCCACGGAACGAAUAACCUCACACGCGCCCCUCUUGGGCACCGCAUCGCACCGCUUCCCAGUUUCCCAGCGUCCGCGCCGCAAAAGAAGAACACUACUACUACGACCAUCGAUGGCCGUCCGGUGUCACGCUGCUGCUACCUUGGUCUCGUCCCGAGCACACCUGUCCUCCUACCUCCCGCCCCUCCUCCCCUCCGCGCGACCCCGAUCCACGACAACCCGCAGCUGCGGCGGCAGCAGUUACAGGCGGACCGCCGUUCGCGCCAUGGGCGCCGCGCCGUCGUCGCCCUCGCCGUCCGGACAAGCCCCAGGGAAAGUGGAUAACGCAUCUCUGAGUGAUGAGGAGUUGAAGAAGCGCCUCACAAAAGAACAGUAUUAUGUCACUCGGCAGAAGGGAACUGAGAGGGCAUUCACAGGGGAAUACUGGAACACUAAAACCCCAGGCGUCUACCACUGCAUCUGCUGUGACACCCCUCUGUUUGAGUCAUCUACCAAGUUUGAUAGUGGUACUGGAUGGCCGUCCUAUUAUCAGCCGGUUGGCGACAAUGUGAAAAGCAAGCUUGAUAUGUCAAUCUUCUUCAUGCCUCGGACCGAGUCCCUGUGCGCUGUCUGCGACGCUCAUCUCGGGCAUGUUUUCGACGACGGGCCACCGCCGACGGGAAAGAGAUAUUGCAUCAACAGCGCUUCUCUGAAGUUUAAGCCCCAGUAGUCCCUGGAAGAAGAAUCAAGAUGAAAGCACCAGCGCGCCGCAUGCAAAUUUUCGUUUUGGUAUGAACUAUUUCCAGUGUAGUCUGUAGUAGCCUAGUCCGCCCGGUUUGCACAUGUAAACUGAUAAUUUUCAGGUUUGUAAAGCCAUUUGUCCGAAACAUCUGCAUGUUCCUCCA